UCAUAUAAACACAACUUUUAUGUGCACUGGGAAACCAAAAAAUUCAUGUGACUCGAUUUCUUGUGAUAUUCAUUUUGCCCUGUGGUGGGCUGGAAUUGAACCUGCAGAAUCUCUGAGGACCCCCAAGGGCCACACUUAGACCUGCCACUGCCUCCUUCCGUGAAUAGUGAAAAAUGACCACACCAAACAAGACACCACCUGGUGCUGACCCUAAACAGUUGGAAAGGACUGGGACAGUACGUGAAAUAGGUUCACAGGCUGUUUGGUCACUUUCAUCUUGUAAGCCAGGAUUUGGAGUGGAUCAAUUACGAGAUGAUAAUCUGGAAACUUAUUGGCAGUCAGAUGGUUCACAGCCUCAUUUGGUGAACAUCCAAUUUAGAAGAAAAACAACAGUGAAGACAUUAUGUAUUUAUGCAGACUACAAAUCAGAUGAAAGCUAUACUCCAAGCAAGAUCUCCGUCAGAGUAGGAAAUAAUUUUCACAACCUUCAAGAAAUCAGACAACUUGAAUUAGUGGAACCUAGUGGUUGGAUUCACGUUCCUUUAACUGAUUCCCAUAAGAAGCCAAUUCGCACAUUCAUGAUACAAAUUGCUGUUCUAGCCAAUCAUCAGAAUGGAAGAGACACUCACAUGCGACAGAUUAAAGUAUAUACUCCUGUGGAAGAGAGCUCUAUUGGUAAAUUUCCUAGAUGCACAACGAUUGAUUUCAUGAUGUACCGUUCAAUAAGGUGAACCUUUUAAAAAAUGAAAUAGGAAGCUAAUAAUGUGAAGUCUUCAUUUUUCCUUCUUAUUGAUACUGUUUAAGGUAUCUUCCAGUGGGGAAAAGGGUAGAGAUUAAAAAUUGUUAAUUAUAUUGUAUAAUC